AUACCAUCGAAGAUGAACUCGUUGUUGAUGAUCACUGCUUGUUUGGUCCUGAUCGGAAUAGUGUGGGCGAAGGACGGUUAUCUCGUGAUCAAGACAACGGGCUGCAAACUCUCAUGCUUGGAAGACAAAAAGUGCGAUCGUGAUUGCAAGAACCAAGGAGGUAGUUACGGCUAUUGCCACGCUUUUGGGUGCUGGUGCGAAGGAUUGUCCGGAAGUACACCGACUUAUCCCAUUCCUGGUAAAACAUGUAAAAAAUAAUGGCAAUGGCUUUUUAUUGUGCACCAACCGAAAUAUUGUAACUCUUGUUAAUUGCAGUUAAAUGAAAUAAAAUGUAAUA